AUGGGCGACAAGCUUGUGGGGGCUGCAUGGCAUAUUUUCGCCUUGACAAAGCUGCGACAGUACGGCAGUGCAGCAGACGAGCUCGCAGCUUUGGGAUCUCUCGAUUCUCCAGCCUACCUGCAAGAUGGUCCACAGGGCCCCACAUCAAAAGUGCCAUUUGCCUUGAGGUGGCUAGAGGCAGAGCUGCCCUACCUUUUGGGCAGGGCACCUGAUGCUCUGGAGCGCAUGUAUGGCCUUGUCGAAAUCUGCAGGCUACAGUCUGAAAGAUGCAGAUCCGGCACUGACACGCAACCAUCAGGCGUUCCUGAAAAAGAGGCUGUACCAGCGUCAGAAUUGACUCAGCUGUGGGAUCGCCGGCAGCAGAUGGUUGUGGCCAUGAUUGCAAACCACCAUACCCGGGCGCGGGAGUAUGUGGUGGCGCUGAGGUGGCUUGCCUGGCUGCUGGAUCGGCGGAAGGGGGAUGUGGAGCUGCUAUCCAGGACAGGCUACGUGCAGCUGGUGCUGGGGGACCUAAGGGCAGCUGCGGCCUCCUUCCAGGAGGUCAUCGGAGCCGUCGCCGCGGCCGGGCCGGCCGCCACGCCCGCGGACCGGCGGCUGCUGCGCCGCAACCAGGGCCUGCUGCUCUUUGCAGAGCAGGACUACAAGGGUGCGGAGGUGGAGUUUGACUCGGUGCUGAGGGAGGACCCGGGGGACUGCAUAGCUGCCAACAACGCGGCCGUCUGUCGCAUGUACGCCUGCAACUUGGUGGGAGCGGUGCAGAGCUUGGAGGCUGCGCUCCAGGCCCAGCCGCAGGCUUUCCUGCAGGAGACUGUUCUGCUCAACCUGUGCAGCAUGUACGAGCUAUCGUCUUCCACUGCCAGCACUGAGUCCAAGCGCCGCCUCACUGCCUGGGCCUCCAAGGGGCCUGAAGACUUGGACCUGUCUAUCUUCCGCACGGCCUGAUCGGCCUCCUUGGAGGGCCGGAGGGUGUAUAGAGGCAUUUGCUGACCAGUUGAUGCCGGUGAGGCAUGCGUGAGCCUCGUUGUGAUAUUGACUUAGUGCUGAACUUAUGCCAGCAAAGUUGCCUCUGGCAGUGCCUGGAGCCAGCGGGACACUUCAUCCACAAACUUGACCUUUCAGAAUGUCAUCACUGUGAUCAGCGAGCAUGUGUAAUUAUCUUGAUACUAA